GUAGUAUGUCUACGUAUUUGUAUACAAAAUAUUACGACUUUGAAAUAUAAGAAAAAUCUUAAUAACAACGUAGAGAAGUACAAAUUCGGUUACAUGAUAAGAGAAAACAAGAAAGAAUCCUCAUUAUAGUAAAUUAAUGGCUAUACAUGCAUGAUUAUUCGGUAUCUCUCUUCAAUUAUCUUAUUAUAUAUACAUAUUAAAAGAUAUAUAUUAAAAGGAUAUAAAUUAUAAAAGCAAAUAAAACAGACAGUUAAAUUUACAAUUAAUCUUGUUGAUGUAUUCGUUUAAUUUGAAUAACAUAUAUCCAUAUAUGCUGUUUGUUGUACGUAUCUAUAGCCAUAAAUAUAUUAUUGCACAUCAGUUGCGUCAGCUUGGCGUGACGUCAUUUUAUAUAUCAGUAUUUACUUGUGAUAUACUCGGGUAUAUAUACUCCAAACUUUUACAUAUUCAAUUGUAAAAAUUUGUUUUAUUAAUUUCUACAAAGAAAUUUUUUCAAGAAAUUUAAGUCAAGAAAUCAACUGUGUUAGCAUAAUGAAUCACGGAGAAAUUGUCGAUUUUACAUCGCUUGAUUCAGACAGUCAAGAGUUAAUAAAACAAAGUGCAAUUGUACGAGAAUACUCAUAUGCACCAUAUAGCAACUUUAAAGUGGGUUCUGCAAUACUUUGUACCGAUGGGACAAUCAUUAAAGGCUGUAAUGUGGAAAAUUUAUCGUAUCCUGUUGGAAUAUGUGCAGAAAGAACAGCUAUUGCAAAAGCAAUAUCGGAAGGGAAAAGAAAGUUUAAAAUAUUAGCGGUAGUAGCAGAUCAAGAAAAUAAAUUUACCACACCUUGUGGCAUGUGUCGACAAGCUAUUGCUGAGUUUGGUAAUGUAACUAUUUAUUGUGCAAAGUCUGAUAUGAAAGAUGUAUUACGGACUACAUUAAAUGAUUUACUUCCCUUUGCAUUCAGUCCAGAUGUGAAAAAUUAAAUCUUUUGUAAUCUUAUAACAUAACUCUGUGACAUAAUUAAGAUAAAAAUAAGAACAUAAAAAUGGGGUCCUAUAAUAACUAAUGAAAUUAUAUACAUGGAUAUUACUUAAUAUGCUUAUUUAUACAUUUACUUGAAUAGCCUGAAUAUAUAUUUUUACAUACAAAAUUAAUGCAGUGUAAAUUGUUUUUGUAAAAAUAGUUGAUGUUUCAUUUACUUAUACGCAAACAGUCUACACUGCAUUUACUGUAAUAUUUUUCUUUUUUAAAUAGCCUUGUUUCUACUUAUAGAAAAAAAAUUAAUGGUAUAAUUAACUCUCAAAGAAAUAUUUAUAAUUUGAUCUAGUUUGGAUUACACAUUAAAUUAAAGUAAAUAUUACAUCUAUUUUGUUAUCAUUUGUUAUCAUUUGCAUUGCACGUGCAGAAAAAGCACUGGAGCUAUAAUAGUCACUUCAAAUUUUAUUAUUGUAAUAUAUAAUUUACCAAAAUGGACACCUGAAAAAAAUAACAUACAUAUUUUUCAAUUUUAUAUUGUCUGUACAAAAUAAUGUUUAUUAUAUGAAAUCAUUUAAUAUCAAUUGUGAGUGAUUAUAAAAAACUAUUUUAUAAGCGUAUGAACUAUAAUACAAUUUAUAUUAUAUUAUAUAUAUAUAUAAAAUACACAUACGAGUGUAUGUGCACGCGCGCCUGCGUGUAUGUAAGAUAAAAAAUUCUUUUUACUGUUUCCAUUUAAAUGAUAUUUAAUAAAAGAAAUACUUACCAUCCAAUGUAA